AUGGCAAUGGCGGAGAUCAAAUGGACGCAGUCGGAAGAAGACAUUACACUGAAAGUGGCUGUCGACGCAUCCACCAAGAAGGAAGAUGUGAAAUUCAAGGUGCUGCGGGAGUCGCUGGAGCUGUCCGUGGCUGGGACGCUGAUCUGCCAGGGCGACCUGGCGAGAGAGGUGGAUCCCGAGGAGUCCAGCUGGAUCUUGGACAACGAGGCUGGAGCGCGGCUCCUGGUGGUGACCUUACAAAAGAUUCGGCCCAAGAGCGCCUUGAAAUCCGCGAGGGCCUUCUCUGCUGAGACCUGGUGCUUCAUUGCCCGAACUCGGCUCGGCUUAGAGCCGCUGCUGCUCGCAGAGCUGGAAGCUCUUCACGAAGGGGGCCGUGCUGGACCCGGACGGUCUGAGGGGACCCGUCUUCGGCGUCGUUCGAGGUCGGUCGAAGACCAAGCGAGGUCAAAGUCCGGAGUCGACGAGGUGGAAGUCGGUUUAGAUGUGGAAGUCCCUCGGUUUGAGAAGUGGACUGAGAGUGCGAGCCGUCCUCGGUUUGAAGCAAUCAAAAGCUCCAAGAUCGAGAAUGAGCCCUUGAAGCUCCCAGAAGGAAGAGAAGACGAAGGCUUUGUGGAGAUCCAUGGGCCUUGGCAGAGUUUGUACUGGAUUUUGCGCUGCUCUUUGCUUCGAAGCCUUUGGAUUCGUGUGACCUCCUUUCCGUGCGAGAGCUUGGCAGAUCUGGAGACCGCGGUGCGAGCCACACGCUGGGAGGAGUAUUUGGACCUGCGUGACCUGGGACCCAUCACCGCCUUUGAGCGCCAGUCGCGUUUAGACGCCUCCGACGUGCAGCUGGCACUCCAGUCCACUCUCCACGAGCUUCGUUCGCUUUCGGGCGAAACGACGAGUGAAACGACGACCCGUGGAGGGCGUAGCCGUAGCUCGGUGCCGUUGCGGGGGGUUCUCCAUCGGAACGUAUGCUCUUUGGAGUUGGCCUGUGUGUUUGAUCGACCAAGGUCUCCUCCGCAGGGCAUGGUCCCCCGAAGGGACGUGGGCGUGUCGGUGGGAGAAAGCUGGUCGUUACGGCCCCCGAAAGUGCCAAGCUCCGCGCAGUCGGAGGGAACUCGGCGAAGAAAGCCCGAUUUGGAGAGCACGUUUGUAGCAGCAUUGGUGGCGCAGAUUCCUGAGAAGGCGCUGUAUUCCCAGCUGGUGAUAUGGGAUCCAUUCUGCCGCAAUGGGCAGAUCCUUUUGGAAUUCUUGAAGACACGGAUUCUGAAGCUUCCCCGAAGUGUUGAGCAGCAGCCCUGCGCGAGACUUCGGCACUACCGGCCAGAAGAGGCGAAUGCCAUUCUCCAAACGACCACCAGGAGUUCGGUGCCCUCAGGACAUGACUUGACCCUCGUUGGUUCGGAUCGAAGUCGGGUUGCCAUCCUGGAGGCCCAAGAGCGCCUCAAGCAAUUUGAAGGGCUGGGGCUCCACCUCUCAGCUGUUGCGGAUGAAGAUGGACGUGAGAGAAGAGAAAAGAGAGAAAGGGAAAGGGCUGAAACUUCAAAGACUCGACUCACCAAAGGCCGAGCUGUGCGAGCGCGACCUCAAGGUGCUGAAGGCAUGUCGCUUCAGGUUGAGAAGUUGAGCCCUUCCACCGAGGCCCAAGAGUUCAGCCGUGUGCCUUGCCAAGUGUUUUUCAAUGUCGCGGACUACACGGAGAUCGCAGCAUAUUUGUCGGGCACCAUCAUUUUGACCCGAGUGCCCAGUGAGACUCAUGGUUUGGGGUGCACUCCCCGAAUGGCACGUCUCUACCGGCAGUUUGGGCAUUUCUUGGCUGCUCGUGGCUUACCGGGCACCGUCUUGGAAGCCUUCGUGCUGGUGGACAGUCGCGUCUUUCGGCGGCAGACGCGCUUGGCGUGGCAGACCGUGGCCUCGUGGCGCGCGCCAAGCCAGCGCCGCUGGUGGCUGUUGCAUUGGUCGCACGGACAGCCUCACGGGCACCGGCCGAGUGAGGGUGAACUGAGACGUGGGCGCCACCGGUGGGAACAAGCUCCCAGGCGGCGCCAGCUUCGGCGAAGGCGCCUGGGCCAUGAGACUUGA